AGAAAAGUUUUCGCGAGGCGCUGGCUGCGCCUCCCCAAGGCGGGAGGCUGGGGAUGCGGAGAGUAGCUGGCUCCUGGGGGAGGGAGAGUCCUCCCGCAGCUCUGCCUUUACCUUCCCCUUAGGAAGGAGGGUAACUUCUCUUCCCGGGGACUCUGGAGAUUGGCUGAGCACGAGCGAGGAGGGCUCGCCAGCAAAUCUCCCGAGUCCGCCGGAGAGCACUCGCCCUCCUCCCCGGGGGUGGGGAUGGGGGAGGAGAAGUGCAUGCAUCAUGAAUGAAUCUGGCUCAAGUGCAAGUGGCCAAGAGUUUGAUGUAUUUAGUGUUAUGGACUGGAAGGAUGGCAUAGGUACUCUGCCAGGAAGUGACCUGAAGUUCAGAGUGAAUGAGUUUGGUGCCCUAGAAGUCAUCACAGAUGAAACAGAGAUGGAAAGUGUUAAAAAGGCCACUGCUACCACAACCUGGAUGGUGCCAACUGCUCAAGAAGCCUUUUCAGAAAAGACCGGGAUUCCUCUGAAGUUGAAGGAAGCUACGAAAGUGGAUGGGCUUAUUUUCUGUGAAAACUGUUAUCACGAUGGUACCACAGAAGAGUUUGUUCCUGAAGGGAAAUUUUUCAGCCAGAAAUGUGCACAUCACAUCAAAAACAAAGAACCAAAGGAGGAUAAAGAUGGUGUGGAAUGCAAUGAGGAAGAUGAUUCUAAAGGGACUCGGAAAAGAAAAACAAAAUUACCUCUGAAAGAAGAGUGCAAAGAAGAUGGAGAAGACAAGAAAGAGAAGGAUGAAACUGAGGAGAAUCAUGAAGGGAGGAUACUGAGAGUCUCUCAGAGAGCCAGAAGAAAAAGAAAAGGUGAUAUGGCCAUUUUAAAGCAACCUUUAUAUUCUAAAGGAAAGAAACCAUGGUGCUGGGCUUCAUAUUUGGAGGAAGAAAAGGCUACAGCAGCACCUACUAAGCUUUUUAAAGAGUAUCAGUCCUUCCCAUAUGGCAAAAAUGGAUUCAAAGUAGGAAUGAAACUGGAAGGAGUGGAUCCAGAACACCAGUCAAUGUACUGCAUUCUCACUGUGGCUGAGGUUUUAGGCUACAGGAUACGACUCCAUUUUGAUGACUACUUGGAUUGUUACGACUUCUGGGUGAAUGCUGAUUCUUCAGACAUUCAUCCAGCUGGAUGGUGCGAGAAAACAGGUCACAAACUUCAUCCACCAAAAGGAUAUGAAGAAGAGGAAUUUAACUGGCCCUCAUAUCUUAAAACAUGUAAGGCUCAAGCUGCUCCUAAAUCUUUGUUUGAAAACCAGAACACGACAGUUAUUCCAUCAGGAUUUCGAGUGGGAAUGAAGCUUGAAGCUGUAGACAAAAAAAAUCCUACAUUCAUCUGUGUUGCUACGGUAACAGACAUGGUGGACAAUCGUUUCCUGGUUCAUUUUGAUAACUGGGAUGAGAGCUAUGACUAUUGGUGUGAGGCAGCUAGCCCACACAUUCAUCCCAUUGGAUGGUGUAAAGAACAUAGAAGAACUCUCAUCACCCCUCCAGAUUAUCCACAUGCCAAACAUUUUUCUUGGGGAAAAUAUUUGGAAGAAACCAAUUCUUUACCUGCACCAGCAAGGGCUUUUAAAGUGAAACCAUCUCAUGGAUUUCAGAAAAAUAUGAAACUUGAGGUAGUUGACAAGAGGAAUCCAGUACUUAUCAGAGUAGCAACUGUUGUAGAUAUUGAUGACCACAGGAUAAAAGUGCACUUUGAUGGCUGGGAUAGUAUUUAUGAUUAUUGGACUGAUGCAGAUAGCCCCGAUAUCCAUCCCGCAGGCUGGUGUGCAAAAACUGGACACCCUCUUCAGCCUCCUCUUAGUCCCUUGGAAUUAGUGGAAGCUUUAGAACAUGGAGGAUGCCCUACUGCAGGAUGUAAAGGAGUUGGAUACAUAAAACGAGCAAGACACAUGGGCCAUCACAGCUGCCCAUAUUCUGACGUCAACUUGAACAAAGAAUGUAUUUUACCAGAUCGUUUAAGUGGAGAGAUGCCGCUAGCCAGUCCAUCUGUCCCCAAGAACAGAAGGACAGAAGUAAAUGAAAGAUCAGCCUCUCCUGUAAUCAAUGACAGAAAAUGUCCUAGCCCUGGUCACACUGGCUCAAAAUCUUCAGCUCAUAACCGAUCAUCUGGGAAAACUGUGUCAGAAAUGACAAAGCAGGAAGAUACAGAAAAUAAACCUCCUUGCAAAGAACUUCUGUUAUGUGAUGCCAAAGACAAGAAACCUUCUAGAGGAGGUCAUCAAGCUAAGGACUCUGCUAAGAAGGAAGAGUGUGAAGAAGAGGAGACAGAAAAUGAGCUGUCAACUUUCAAUGAAACUAGAGACAUAGAAGAACCCAACAGCCAGAAGCCUCUUCCUCAGCCAGUUUUUUUGUCUUCCAAGUUCCAAAUCCCAUGCCUACCCUUGCGCUGGGAACAGCAGAGCAAGCUCCUUCCGACCGUGGCUGGAAUCCCUGCCAGUAAAGUUUCCAAAUGGAGUACAGACGAGGUUUCUGAAUUCAUACGGAGUUUACCAGGAUGUGAAGAACAUGGCAAGGUGUUCAAAGACGAGCAAAUUGAUGGAGAAGCAUUUCUACUAAUGACCCAAGCAGACAUAGUAAAGAUAAUGAGCAUUAAACUGGGACCAGCCCUAAAAAUCUUCAAUUCCAUUCUGAUGUUCAAAGCCGCAGAGAAAAACUCACACAAUGAACUUUGAGAUGAAUGGAAAUUGUUUAGAAGCCAGUUUUCUCCACUGGAACUCAUGUUUUAUUCAAAGCACAAAGACUUGCUAGAAUUGUCAAGUAAGAACUCUAAGAAAGGAAGAAAAAUAAGUCAGCACUGGUGGACUAUUUAUACUCUUUGAGAGCCAGUACACCUGAACUCUUCUGGAAUAUGUUUGAGCUUUUAACAAGGUACUGUAUAACAACUGCAUCAGCUAGUCUUAUUUGCCAUACUUAUGGCACUAAUUCUCUCAUGAACUGUUAGUAUUUCUAAUUUUAUCCCGGCAUCAAGAAAACCUUCACUAAUUAUUUAUCCUAUUAUUAAAAUUAGGAAAAUGUUAAUAUG